CACUUUAACCUCUCUGGCGGUAUUCCCGAGUGUAGCUCGGGUAAAGUUUCAGUAGCAAAAGCGUUAACCCUGAGCUACACUCGGGCUUACCAUGCGCGCUGCUCCGGGAUCUGUUCUUCUCUUACCUCAUCCUGCGCUCCCGCGAUGUCCCCCCUGCAGUGUCCCCGGCAAUGUAAUCGGUGGAUGCCGGCAUCUGUCUUCUGGGUUCCGUUCCCUGCGACGUCGGGACGUACGGGGGAUGGAACUGGCGGGAAAUUUGAAAAUGACAAAAAGUGACAU